AUAAAUCAUGCCGCGAGUGGUACCGGAUCCGGGCUAAUUAGGUGCCGGAACGAAAAAAGUCAAAUCAAAUUAAGCACGGAGGGGGGAGGAAGGAAAAGAAAAAGAUGAUUGGAUAUAUUAGGGAAACAGGAAAAGCAGGCAUUUUAUAGAUGAUAAAUUAAGACGAUGUGAAAAAAAGAGACUAAUGAGGGCACUAAUCAUCUAAAUGUAUAGAUGGCAUGCGCUCCUAAUGAAUAAAUAAAUAAAUAUAUAAGCCACACCCCUCGCCCCUGGUCCUCUCCUCUGAUGAGAUCCAGGCAGACUCGAGCGUGCAGCUGCGACCGCGGGUCCCUUCUCCAGGUAAGAACAGCUCUUCUGUGGUGUUAUGAUGAGGAUGCUCAGCUCUUCUGUGCUGUUAUGAUGAGGAUGCUCGGCUCUUCUGUGGUGUUAUGAUGAGGACGCUCAGCUCCUGUCUGUUUGCUCUGCCUCUGCUUCUAACCAUCUGCGUUGCAGUUACAGUGCCCCGGUCUCCAGUGACGUCACCUCCCGGCAGUGAUGUCACUCUCGACUGCUCUUUCUCCUAUAAAGCGGGGGCUGAUCUCACCAGAGUGGUGGUUACCUGGGAACGCCCUCCUGACUAUCGGGUGGUCCACGAUUACUAUUACGGUCAGGACCAGCUGGCUCUGCAGAAUGAAACCUACAGGAAUCGGACCCAGCUGUUCCCAGAGCAGCUCAGUGUGGGGAACGCCUCCCUCAGACUGAAGCAGGUGCGGGGGGAAGAUGAGGGCUGGUACACCUGCGCUGUCACCAACCAAGGGGAGCUUACCAGUGGAGACGUGAGGCUCAUAGUGGCAGCUGAAUUCAGCGAGCCUCGGCUGGUCGUUACUGACCGUCCGGACAGUCCAGACAAGGCUCUCCUGAGCUGCAUCUCCACAGGAUACCCCAGCGCUUCAGUGCAGUGGCUGAAUGAGACAGGAUGUGACAUCACAGAGAGCAGCAAGACUAGCCAAUCGCUGGACAGGGAUGGGCUGGUGGAAAUCACAAGUCACAUUCUAGUGUCCAGGGAUGCUAAUUAUACCUGUGUUCUUACCCACAGCCGACUGAACCAAACCCUCAUGAAGACGAUCACCUUAACAAAGAAGGGUUAUCCGGACAGGCAUCGCAUUGUUUUGUGGGUUGUCUUGACAGUGGUAGGGGUAGCAACAGUGAUCAUUGUAAUCAGCCUGCUUUUCAAACGCCGCUAUGAUGCCAGCACACCAACAGAUCCAACAGAACAUGCCCUGUCUGAUUUAACGGGUUCCAGGGGUCCAUCAGACGUGUAAAAGUAUCGCAUCUCAGGGAGCUGUUCUCGUACAUCAGGGCAUUAUAAAUGAUUCAUGUCGGGUACAUCAGUGUGUCUUAAAUACCAAAGCAUGGUACUGCACUUAUACUGUACAAAGACAAUCUGUGAACAUGAUUGCAAACGAGCACUGCACUGUAAUACAGCAUUUUGCAAUUUACUAAAUAGUAUUCCAAAAUCGCUGCUUGCCCUACUUUCUCAGUCUGUACCAAUCACGUGACUAACUGUAAACUUCAUUUGACUUUAUGAUUUGGUUAAAUUGGCAUUUUGUCCUAUAAUUUGGUUUGAUUUGGCUUUUUUAUCUUCCAAUUGGGUUGUUUUUGCCUCUUAGUCAAACUCACUCUUAAUUUACUGUAUUCUUUAUUUUGCUCUUACUUGAAUUUGAUCUUAUUGUUUUUUUUCAUAACUGCUCUUAUCUGUAUUAUGAUAUUCUGUACUGUGAUAUUUUAUAAUGUGAUACUUUGCACUGUGAUAUUUUGUAACAAUUGUAUUGCCCUGGAUAUGUUUUUUUAGUUGAUACAAAGUAUCUAUGAAGAGAUAAUUUGGUCUAAUUGAUUCCUUUUGUCCACUGAUACAGAUUGUGGGCAGCAGUGUGGAGUAGUGGUUAGGGCUCUGGACUCUUGACCGGAGGGUCAUGGGUUCAAUCCCCGGUGGGGACACUGCUGCUGUACCCUUGAGCAAGGUACUUUACCUAGAUUGCUCCAGUAAAAACCCAACUGUAUAAAUGGGUAAUUGUAUGUAAAAAAAAUGUGAUAUCUUGUAAGUCGCCCUGGAUAAGGGCGUCUGCUAAGAAAUAAAUUAUUAUUAUUAUUAUUGAUUGUCUGUAUAAUAUGAUAUAUUUUAGAUUGAUUGGCUGUAUAAUUUGAUCUAUUUUAGAUUGAUUAUCUGUAAUUCAGUAUCCUAUUGCUGCUUGCCACUGAAUGUUCAGUUGUAAAUGUGGUGUUCGUAUUUGAUACACAUUACACUGACAUUUCAGAUUAAGUUGAAUACAUCAGACGUGCUUCUUUAUUACUAUUUAAAUAGUGUCUUAUUGUGCAGCACUUUAAUAAAGUUUGUACAGUAUUUUAAUGAAACAAAAAAACAAAACCAAUCUCUUCAGAACACUUUGUUCCUCGACCAUAAUAAAUUAGACAAAUACUGA